AUGGAAUCUGCACUCAAGUUGUUUACAUACAAGCUCAUCUUUGAUGUUAAGUUGGAGAAAUUUGGAGUGUGGAAAUCAGUAGCUCUGUGGAUUGUGGUCAGGGAAAAGAACAACCAACAAAUAAACGGGUUUCCUAGGUCAGAAAGUACUGCAGAACCAAGCACAAAAGCAUCCAGGGAGAAAAUUAGAAGGGACAAGCUGAACGAGAGAUUCCUGGAAUUGGGUGCCAUUUUGGAGCCAGGGAAAACUCCUAAAAUGGACAAAUCAGCUAUAUUGAAUGAUGCUAUUCGUGUAGUAGAUGAAUUGCGUAGCGAAGCAAAAAAGCUGAAGGACUCAAAUGAGAGUUUGCAGGAGAAGAUUAAAGAGCUGAAGGCUGAGAAGAAUGAGCUGCGAGACGAGAAGCAAAGGCUGAAGGCCGAGAAGGAGAGCCUGGAGCAGCAGAUCAAGUUCCUGAAUGCCCGCCCAAGCCUGGUACCACACCACCCGGUGAUCCCAGCCUCUGCCUUCGCUGCUCCCCAGGGGCCGGCAGCGGCCGGGCACAAGCUGAUAUGA